AUGGCGGCCGUCGCCCGGCCCCCAAGAUGUGCGCUCUGUCACGGGCUGGAGGCUGAACACUUCGUCGUCGACGCCUCUCUGCUCGAGGGAGCCGCCGAGAAGUGCAAGAUGUGCCACAUCAUUCACACGGCCGUCAAUAGCUUCUUCGCUCCAGGGGUCGUGGACCACAUCGAGUGUCUUUCCGACGGCCCUCUUUACCUGACUGUGAAAGUACAGGGCAGGGCUGAUCAGUAUGUUGAGGUUUUUACAGAGCACGGUUGCGGCCGGAACAUUGAAACAAGUCUAAAACCCGACGGGUAUGUUCCCUUGAUUCGCAAGUGGCUGGAGGACUGCGAACAAAACCACCCCCAAUGCCAAUGGCCUGAGCCCAAGUUUCUUCCGGCCAGGGUCAUCGACGUGGGUACCUCCAAUGAGACGAUGAAACUUUACAUUUCACGGGAAAGAGAGGAGGCUCGAUACGUCGCCCUCAGCCAUUGCUGGGGGUGCCGAUUUGUGGACGUUACGUGCAUGUCGAACUUCGUCAAACGAUUGAGCAGGAUAGAAAUCAGUGAAGCAGCCAAGACCUAUCAUGACGCUAUCGAACUGACUCGAGCGUUGGGGUUCAGGUUUAUCUGGAUUGACUCCAUCUGCAUAGUUCAGGAUGACAGACACGAUUGGGCGCGCGAGGUUACCAAAUUGAAGGAUGUGUAUCGAAACGCUACCCUAACUAUUGCUGCAGAUUCCGCCAAGGCGUCACUUGACGGGUUUUUGGGGACCCUGCCGGCUCGCGCCACGGCUCACUGGACGCGUUCCAUCAAAACGACCGCCGACGACUCAACUCGAGUCACCGUAUAUGCCCGACUGCGAUACAAGAACCCGGUCAACCCUGACACGGCUCCACACUCGAGCGGGCCAGUUCGUCCAAGUAAACUAUCAACGCGGGCAUGGGCCCUACAAGAGUUCCUCCUCUCAGCCCGCAUCGUCCACUUUUACGAGGAGGAGAUUGUAUGGUCAUGCUAUUCGCUGCAGCGUUGCGAAUGCCGUGCUCUGAGCGCACCGCCCAGCCCAAACUACUUCCGCAAGCUGUUCUCCUUGAAGACCACGCUACCGAUGGAGCUCCUCAAGGAGUGGCCCGGGGUAGUCCAACAGAUGACUAACAUGGACUUUACGAUCGACACGGACAGGUUGCCGGCACUCUCAGGCCUAGCGGACGUAGUGCGUGGCCAGACGGCCUCCUCGGAGUACUAUACGGCGCUUGAGGGGGAGAGGGGAAACGCCCCUGAGGUCAAGCCCCUGUUGACCGUCAUGGAAACUGUCAGUCCUACGCUUUCAACAACCAACCCUUACGGCCCUGCAGAGAGUUUCUCCAUUCGAGUCCACGGCCAGAUCCUCCCCGUCGAGUUUGACACUACGAUUGACAGGUGGCAGCUUGAAUUGCUCGGGCCUAGAACCAGACCCGCCGACAGGAAAUUAGACCGGGCCAUCGACGAUGCCAGUCCCAGCCGAACGGACCCCACUCUCAGGGCCAUCGAGCUCCGCAGGAGGCAGCAUCCCACCUGGGACGUGAUUCGGGAGCCAGGACAGAGUCUGCACACGACUAAUGGGCGUCUAGUUGUCAGGCCCAUCUUCAUUUUUGACGUGUUUUUGGACUCACCGGAGGUGCCGGAGGCACCCGGCACGUCGGGGGCACGGCUUCUCACCCCGAUACGAGGCUACUAUUUGAUCCGCGCGGGUUGCUAUAUCUGGGGCGGCGAGCUCUCGACCAGCUCGACAGAGGUAGUAGCCCUUAUCCUCGAGAGGGUCGGCGAGGCGCCCGAUGGAACGGACAUUUUUGUUCGCAAGGGCAUCGCAUUGCAUGCGUUUGAUGCUGAGAGGGAUUGGGGGAUGUCUUGGCCCAGACCAUCAUUCUCGUCUAACUCGGAAGCCUUGUCCUCUGCUCUACUGAUCAUGGACUAUAUCUAUGAUACUGAUGCUACCAAGUUCGUAUUAAUGGGGAUGGCUUAG